AUGUCAUCCGACGCGCGGGACGCGGGUUCCCGCGACGUUCCCGGCAGUGGUUGGGUGGCGGGUACUGGCGGGAUCUUCGCGUUCCCUCGUUCGAGGGGCGCACAAUUUUCGCCCCGGCGUCGCGGUCGAGUUCGCGGCGGCGCGGUGCUCGCGGUGCUUUUGUCGGCGGGCGGGGCGAAUGCGGUGAGCGUAUCCGUUGGAUACACACACGCAUGCGCUGUCCUCAACGACGGUAAGCUCAUGUGUUGGGGUAACAAUGCUAAUGGUGAGCUCGGGAUCGGAACCAAAGGUGGUCACACGAGCAACCCGAUGAACGUGGACCUUGGCUCCGGUCGCACCGCUAAGGCGGUGGCUUGUGGAUAUACGCACACGUGCGCCAUUCUAGACGACGACAACCUCAAAUGCUGGGGCCAAAACAGUCAGGGAUGGCUCGGGUACGGCGACACCACGUGGAGAACCGCUCCCGAGGCAACGGCGGUUGUGAACCUCGGUGCCGGGCGCAAAGCAAAGGCGGUGUCUGCAGGGUACCAACACACGUGCGCUAUCCUCGACGACGACACCCUCAAGUGCUGGGGCUAUGCCAACCUCUACGUCCUCGGCUACGGCUACACCACGGAUAAGUACGCCCCCGAGGCGACUGCGGUGGUAAACCUCGGCUCCGGCCGCAAGGCGAAAACGGUAACUUCCGGCUGGGGUUCAGACAAAAGAUUUGUUUGUGCCACACUGGACGACGAUUCGGUGAAAUGCUGGGGUUCAAACAGCGAAGGUCAGCUCGGGAGAACGCCCUAUGGUAUCCAUGAAUACCAACAAAGUCCAGUUGCGGUGACAUUGGGCGCAGGGGCAGCGAGUUUGUCAGUUGGGAAAAGUUGCUUUACCUGUGCUGCACUGAAUGACGGCACUGUGAAAUGUUGGGGUCGGAAUCAAGAGGGACAAAUCGGGCAGGGCACAGUGUCCACUGCUCCCAUUACCGCACCGAGCGUAGUAAACAUUGGCUCUGGACGAACUGCAAAGAGCGUUGCUGCUGGAAGCGGAAAUGCCUGCGCAAUACUCGACGAUGACUCCAUGAAAUGCUGGGGUGAAAAUGAUUAUGGGGUUCUUGGAACCGGAAACGUUCUCUACUCGUCUAACAAUCUUCCAACAGGGGUUGCCCUACCGUCAGGGCGCACCGCGAAAAGCGUGUCGAUGGGCUCCUUAAAUGUGUGCGCCGUUCUGGACGACGACAGUAUCUGGUGCUGGGGUGGGAACGGCUACGGGCAGCUCGGGAACGGGGUAGACCAGACUUUGCACGACAAAUCCCCGAGCCCGACGCGGGUGUGCAUAACCGCCGACGACUGCGCCGCACCGAGCGGUCCGCCCGGCCCGCCCGGCAACGACGGAAGCCCCGGCGCGGCGGGCGCACCUGGCUCUCCUGGCACGGACGGCGCGGCUGGCGCACCUGGAAGUCCCGGCUCGGACGGCGCGGCUGGAGCCAGCGGUGCUUCUUCGUCGAGUCCAAGCCCGAGCGGCAACAACACGGUGUACGUAUACGUGAACGUGUCGGGCCCGCCCGGUCCGCCUGGUCCUCCUGGCCCGGGAUUGGACGCGUACAUCGACGCCGAGGGCAAUCCCGUGAACGCCGCGGAUCGAAGGGUCGCGUCGCUUCCUAUGCUGGCGCUGUCAACCGUCCUCUACAUGCUCUUCUACUGA